ACCACCCCCUCGAAGGGCUUUGACCUCUCUCGCUGGCACUUCGAUAUAGAUGCCUAUUUGAACCCGUAUCUGCCCGCUCCACCAUGGCGCUGGCUGCCUCGUCCUGUCUCUCAUUUCUUCGGAUAUAGAGGGGAUCAACCGCCUAAGGCUGUUGGCAACCUGGUGAUUGCCUUUUGGGCCCUCAUCGGAGCAUUCUGUGGUGUCCUCGUUAUUGCCGAGGCAUCUUUGCAUGUCCCGUCAUUCCAGGCACACCAUGCACCCAUUAUCGUUGCCAGUUUUGGCGCCACGGCGGUAUUGGAAUUCUCUGCCAUCGAUUCCCCGUUCGCCCAACCUCGGAAUAUGAUCGUGGGUCAGCUGGCAGCGAGCAUCAUUGGUGUAGCGAUUGGGAAGCUCUUUGCCUUGAAUCACCAUGCCCAUGCGUUACCCCAAGUCGGAGGAGCUCUUGCUUGUGCUAUCACUGUCGCUUUCAUGGCUAUCACGAAUACCACGCAUCCUCCUGCCGGCGCCACAGCUCUGUUAGCCGUCACCGAGGCAUAUGAGCUGGGCUGGUACCUGGUUCCGGUGGUGCUGCUAGGAUGUGUGCUGAUCCUUUCUGUGGCAUUAAUGAUCAACAACAUUCAGCGGCGGUUCCCCGUCUACUGGUGGACACCGCAUAGCCUUGCACGUCCGAAACUCGAGGAUGCUGAAAGCGUCAGACAUGAGAAAGCACUCAGUAUCAAACCCACUGAAUCUGAGGACAGCGUCACGGAUGCGCCUGAGCAAAUAAUCAUUCGGCCUGGCGAAGUAUUGAUGCCUGACAACCUCUGGAUCACUGCAGAAGAAAGGGAGGUGUUGGAGAGGGUCAGUCAACGAAUACAAUAGAUCUGCUUUUCUCUAGCUUUCAGCAUAUAGAGAGCAGCGCUAGAGUUAUAAUGAUAAGUUAUACACGAUGCCUCACUCUGAACAUGUCGAACUUUUCUUCACUACAUCCCACGAACAUCACUCAACUGGAUAGCAAAGGCCGUCAGUGCCUUAGGCUUAAGGCCAAAACUCACGUGCAUCAAAGCUGCCCAAUCAGGCCUGGCGGCGCCACGUACCAUGCAGUGACGUCGCUUGGCCAAUGAGAAUCAGGCCCACUGAACGAAUUUUCGAUGGACGGCCACAAGGUAUCUAAAGACUUCUUUAUCCCUCCCAACAUCUUCUUGGGUGUUGGUC